AUGGUGACGCCCGGGGCCCUGGGGGUCCUGCUCCUCGUGCAUCUGGCCUCAGGGAAGCUCGCCUCCACCCCGGCCCACCUGGCCAGCUCUCACCGGCCACUGCAGGUAACCCCUGAGGCAGAGGAAGGAACCCAGACUGAGGUGGUCCUUGGAAGCCAACCUCUGGGGCAGAGCGGGAUGGAGAAGAGUCGGGGAAGUUCCAAACGGGAGGAGUCAAGACAACCCUGCAAGGGGAUCGUCAAUGAGAAACGGUUUGACAACUUCGGAGUUAACGACACUGCUAAGUGCUUCUCAAAGUGUACACAGUUGGGGAAUGAAUCUUGCAAUCUGGAAAAGUUGCAGAGCUACUGGCUGAAAUAUGAGAUCCAUCUAGUGGAGGACAUUCUGGUGGAGACAGUGAAUAUGUCUUUUUUGACGGCUCUUGUCAAGAACAUCAGCACCAACAUCUCAGAAGACCUGCACUUUUCUCUGACCCCCUCUCAGAUUCCGAAGCAGGUGACAAAGGACGAGCACCAGCACCCCGACAGAGUCCGGCUGCCCAGGAGCCUUUUUGAAUCUCUGCAGGGCGGCAGGCCAAUGGUCCGGUUGGCCAUAACCAUCUUGGACAUCGGUUCAGGGAAUAUCUUUAAGGGCCCCCAGCUCAGCCUGGAGGACGGCAGCAGCGUGUUGAACAAUCGCGUGGUGGGCUUGAGUUUGGGUCGUAUAAAUGUCACUGGGCUGGCUGAACCUUUGGAGAUCACCUUCUCCCACCAGCACCAGCCUCCUAAUGUGACCCUCAGCUGUGUAUUCUGGGAUAUGAAUAAAGGGUCAUCAGGAGACUGGUCCUCCAAGGGCUGCUCCACGGAGCUCAGAGCCAACAGCACCGUCUGCCGCUGUGACCACCUGACCUUCUUUGCGCUGCUGCUGAGGCCAAUCUUGGACCAGGUCACCGUGAAGAUCCUCACACGCAUUUCCCAGGCUGGCUGUGGAACCUCCAUGAUCUUCCUGGCCUUCACCCUUGUCCUCUACGUUGUCCUGAGGUUCUCUCGGCAGAGGUUCAAGUCCGAAGACGCCCCCAAGAUCCACGUGGCCCUGAGUGUCAGCUUGUUUCUCCUGAACCUGGUCUUCUUCAUCAAUGUGGGGCUUGGCCUGAAGGGGUCAGAUGCUGCCUGCUGGGCCCGAGGGGCCGUCUUCCACUAUUUCCUGCUCUGUGCCUUCACCUGGAUGGCCCUGGAAGCCUUCCACCUCUACCUGCUCGUCAUCAAGGUCCUUAACACCUACUUCGGGCACUACUUCCUGAAGCUGAGCCUCGUGGGCUGGGGCCUGCCUGCCCUAAUAGUCAUUGCCACUGGGAGUGCCAACAGCUACGGCCCCUAUGCCAUCCGUGACCAGAAGAACAUCAUCACGCUGGAGCUGUGCUGGUUCCGUGAGAAAACUGCCAGCUCUGCCCUCUACGUCACCGUCCACGGCUACUUCCUCAUCACCUUCCUCUUCAGCGCCGUGGUCCUGGGCCUGGUGGCCUGGAAGAUCUUCACGAUGCCAAGUGCCAGGGCAGGCAAGGAGAGGGGGCAGCACUGGAAAGGAGUCCUCACCCUGCUGGGCCUCUCCAGCCUGGUGGGCGUGGCCUGGGCACUGGCCAUCCUCACGCCCCUGGGUCUGUCCGCCACCUAUGUCUUUGCCCUGCUCACGUCUCUGCAAGGUGUCUUCAUCUUCUGCUGGUUCAUCGUUCUCUACUCCCCAAGCCGGAGCACCCUGGCCUCGUCUUCCGGCACUGCCCGGGCUGACCAGGCCCACACCGUGUCUCACGAAUAGCGGGCUGCCGGACGGCCAGGCCGGGGCCGGCCCUGUGCUCUGGACUCAGCUCUGAUCGGCUGUGUGACCUUGGUGGGGGGGAAGGGGUGCUCCCUGCCUCCUUCAGGGCCUCCGCACCCUUCUCUGAACGAUGUGACUGGAGAGCAAGGGGAUGGGAACCAGGUUGGACCAUGUGGCCUCAAAGGUCUUAUCCAGUUACCCCGAUGGGUGGGAGUGUUCACAAAUCCAGGAUGGCAGCCGUCUCAAGUCCCCAUAAUCCUGAGACCCCCGCCGGCACAGAGCGACACCCUCACCCCGCCCCAGGCCCACCCCCUGCCUUCAGAGCAAGACGGCCUCUGGUCUCAGAAAGGGCCUGAACCCAAACAAGGAAGUCUGCCGUUGGCUGGCCUCUUGAAGGGGCCCCCAGCCGCUCCCCUUCCUUCCUUCCCCUUGUCACGGCCCUCCCGCAGCUCCACCCUCUGCCUGCCUGUACCUGAGGGGAUACCCAGAGCCACCGUCCCCUCAGGCACAGGGCUAGGUGUGGACCGGAGGUUUGCUUGUCGGGGGGGGGGGGAGGGAUUGGUCUUCCCACCCAGCCUGGCCCUGGUCUCAGCCACUCUCACCAGGGCCCAUCCUCACGGAAGAACCCCUACCGUUCGGGGGGCUGGCAGCCCUCCGAGUGUUGGGGACACUGAAUGUCAACGAACGCCACUUACUCAGUGGGUGGGAUGCCUUUUGAGCAAGCCCCCUGGUCCCCCGUCUGGACUGCCCCGCGGUGGCCGGACCUCUGACCUGCUGUCUUGGUGGGGAUGGAGGGCAUACGGUCCAGGGCUCGGCACACCUGAGGGCUGAGGAGCCAGCGUGGGGGGGGCCGGGCUGAGCUGAGCAGAGAGACGGGGUGGGGCACGUCGUCCGGAUUCUGAGCUCCUAUAGAGCAGGUGGGUACUCUGACAGCUUCGCUG